UUGGGUGCCUUUGGAUGAUAGGGCGCUGCAGUCAUCGGAAGUGUGGCUAUUUCAGGUCCUUGGUUACAGAGACCGGAAGUGUGGCUUUCACUUACGCAUCGGCCAAACAGGAUCAAUCAAGACACCCAACAGACUUGAGGACGGUGCCUUCAUCGUAAUGAAUGCGUAGACCAUUCCCGGCACAGACUUAGAGUUCUGGGGCCAUGGCGGACUCGAAGCUUCUGGCCCCAGAGCUGAGCGACGCAGAGUCGAUGGGUGAUGAGACGGGGCGAUUUCAGGAGCUGCUACUGCAGGCUUCCAAAGAGCUCCAGCAAGCCCAGACAGACAGACCAGAAUCUACACAGAUCCAGCCCAAGCCUGGUUUCUGCAUAAAGACCAAUUCAUCGGAAGGAAAGGUCUUCAUCAACAUCUGCCACUCGCCCUCCAUCCCUCCCCCGGUGGAUGUGACUGAGGACGAGCUGCUUCAGAUGCUGGAGGAGGACCAAGCUGGCUUCCGAAUCCCCAUGAGCCUGGGAGAGCCACAUGCUGAGCUGGAUGCGAAAGGCCAGGGCUGCACUGCUUAUGAUGUCGCCGUCAAUAGCACCUUCUACCUGAGGAUGCAGAACAGCGAUUUCUUGAGGGAGCUGGUGGUCACCAUCGCCAGGGAGGGCCUUGAGGACAAGUAUGGUUUACAGCUAAAUCCGGAAUGGCGCAUGUUGAAGUACCGGCCUUUCCUGGGGUCCAUCUCGCAGCAGAACAUCCGUUCCCGGCAGCGUCCUCGGAUCCAGGAGCUGGGGACCCUGCAGGGCCCAGAGCGGCCUCACAUGCACCUUUGGUUGGAAGCCCCCGACCUCCUCUUGGCUGAAAUUGACCUCCCCAAGCUGGAUGGAGCUGGAGGGCUGACGCUGGAGAUAGGGGAGAAUCUCCUGGUGAUGGGAAGCUCUCAGCAGCUGUACCACCUCAACGCCUCCAUCCCCCUGCGGAUCAACCCCGAGGCCAGCCGGGCUGCUUUCCACCACAGAAGAAAGCAACUGAUGGUGUCCAUGCCCCUCCUGUCAGUGUCUUGACCAGAAUCCCCCUGUAUUCCAGAUGUGGAGAAGAUGUUGGUGUCUUCUCUCAAUGUAAAAUAAACAGUUUUUCCAGUUC